AUGCGUCCUGAAUCACACCGUCAUCGGACGGCUACACGAGCGUCGUCAACCAGCGGGAAUGCUGGUCUAGAUCCAUCAGUUGAGCACAGCACCAUGGUGAACGAGGAGCUGCUGCUCUUCUUCUACCAACUGGAUCUUAACACCAGGCUUCAGAAAGCGCUCAACUUGGACCAAUACGAACCUGCUCAGCUACUCCGGGAAAAGAUUGCGGAGCUUGAUCGUGAAAUCGCACGACAGAGAGAAGCAAAGAUGGGAACUUCAUCCAAAGAAGCAGCUCAAGACAAGGGCUUAGCCUUGUUACGCCUCAAAGCAGCGCUGCAGCGAGCGGUGGAGCAGGAGCUGUACGAGGAAGCAGCUGAAAUCAAAGAAAAUGAGCCAACUAGAGCUUCUGCUGCAGCGUUGGCUAUGGGCAACGUCACUUACAAGCUCCGGCUAGGGCAGAAAGUUACUCACAAAGAAUUUGGCUAUCGAGGCAUUGUCGCGGGGAUGGACCCCAUGUGCUGUGAGACGGAGGAGUGGAUGUCGGGAGCUAAGAUAAGCCGACUUUCGCGGGGUCCCAACCAGCCCUUCUACCAGAUCUUACUUGACUUGGGCAAUGGAGCUAGGUUUCCAGUUGCAUAUGUUGCAGAGGACCUGCUUGACGUCCCUGAGGAGGCUGAUAAGGAGCAAAUGAUCCACCCAUACCUGUAUCUUUUAUUUUACGGAGCUGACUCUCGAGGCGACUUUAUUCCGUGCAAGCCUCUUCGGGACAAGUACAAUGCUCCCCGUCAUGAGGUCCCGCUUGAAGACGACACCGACUCUGACAAUUCGUGA